UCCCGGUGAGAGGCCCGCUGGUGAAUAAGGAACAUUCAUUGAGAGAGGGGCAGACAGACUGAUUACCAACACGCCGGUUCCAGCACCGGGACUCUGCCGGUACUGCUCGGUGUGAGUGUGUAUGUGUGUAUGUGUGUGUGUGUUGGAGUCACGUACGGACCUGCAGACAGGGUCAGUGAUGUCACCCCUCCACUCCUUCCUCUUCCUCUCCCUCUUCCUCACCCCUUCCUCUCAGCUGGAGUUUCGUUACCACAACAACCGAGAGAUGGAGCAGUACCUGACCGAGCUCAGUGCCGCCAGCCCCGACAUCACUCACCUGUACAGCAUCGGGCAGUCCGUCAGAGGUCAGGAGCUGUGGGUAUUGGCUCUCGGUCGCAGUCCUCACCGUCACAGCGUCGGCAUCCCCGAGUUCAAAUAUGUGGCCAACAUGCACGGAAACGAGGUCCUCGGCCGGGUGUUGAUGCUCCAGCUGAUCGACGACCUUGUGCGCGGUUACAGAAACAACGAGGAGUGGUCGGUGAAGUUACUGAACAGCACCCGCAUCCACAUCCUGCCGACGAUGAACCCCGACGGCUUCGAUGAGUCAGACACCGACUGCCUGUUCAGCCAGGGCAGGGGCAACUAUAACGGCGUUGAUCUGAACAGAAACUUCCCAGAUGCGUUCGCUGGUCUCCGGAAACAACCGCAGAUAGACGAGGGGAAGCGGGAGGCAGAGGUCAGGGCUGUGAUUGGCUGGUUGAGGAUGGAGAGUUUUGUUCUCUCUGCUAACCUUCACGGAGGAGCUCUGGUGGCCAGCUACCCUUACGACAACAGCAACGGAGGCAGUGAGCUGGUGGGCGGGGCGAGCAUCAGCCCUGAUGACGAUGUUUUUAACCACCUGGCGAAGGUUUACUCCCACAACCACGCCUCCAUGCACCGCGGGGACCAAUGCCGCGACAGCAGUCCCUUCCUGGAGGGCGUCACCAACGGAUACCUGUGGUACCCAAUCACAGGUGGGAUGCAGGACUAUAACUAUGUGUGGGCUCAGUGUUUGGAGUUGACUCUGGAAAUUUCCUGCUGCAAGUUUCCUCCGGAGAAUCAACUUCCUGCUCUGUGGACGGAGAACAGGAAGUCUCUGCUGGCCUUCAUCCUGCAGGUCCACCUGGGGGUCAAAGGUCGUGUGUUUAACGGCUCCGGGGUGCCGGUGCAGAAUGCGGUUGUGGAGGUCAGAGGUCGAAGCAACAUGUGUCCGUUCAGAACCGACAAACACGGAGAAUAUUACCGACUGCUGCUGCCGGGAAACUACACCUUCACGGUGACGUACCCUAGUCACAAGGUUUUGAAGGAGACACUAAACGUCCCUCAUGGACCCGAUCAGUACUCCGCCAUGAAACACGACUUCAUGUUGCGCCAAAUCCCCGCGACGACUGUUAGCACCCAAGCUAACCCCACCAAUGCUAACAGCACCCAAGCUAACCUGACCCCCGGCUGUAACUACACAUCAGUCCUUGACGCCGGCGCCUCCAGGAACUCGUGGACGGGACUGGUUGUGGGGCUCGGCCUGGUGGUGGUGCUGCUAUAGCUAAUUAGCUGAAGUGCUGAGUGCUUGGUGUGACGGACACAGGUUUGAACCCCCAACCUGCAAGAAAGGAACAAGAACACGUGGCCCUGCAGAGCAUUACUGAGGGGUUACCGCAGAACUAAUUUGAGGGAGAAUGGGUGACCAGGGUGGGGUUAAAGCACGGGCAUCGAAGAAAGCUCACAUGCAUGACGUCAGAAAAAAGGUGGUGCUGGAAGCUUUGGGUUGAGCAGCCAGGUUUCCAUCCAGAUGUGUUGCAAAUUCAAAGUCAUUUGCAAAAACGAAAUACGACGUUGGUUCAAGGAGAGAAGUUCUCCCAAGAGGAUGAGGGCCACGUGAAUUUUUUUAAAGAUCUGGACAAAAGUGAAUCGUUGUUUCAUGUUGUAAGAUUAUAGUUAGAUGCAACUCAGAAUUCUGAGGAAAGAAAUAAUAAUUGAUGAACAUUUUCAAAAUUCCAAGAAAAAAAAGAAAUUGAGAAAAAAAGAAAUGUCAGAAUUAAAAAAAACUAAAUGUUGAUGAAAGAAGUCUCAGAAGUCCGAAGAAGUUCACCUGUGGCCCUAAUCCUCUCCCGUAGAAACACGCUCACGAAAGAGUUUGUCUCCAUUUCCCUGCAAACUCAAGAAGCUUUUGCUCUUAAUUAGAUUCAUAAUUCAUUCUGCGACCGAAUGUCAAACGUUCAGAUGCUGGAGUGAUCAGCAUCUUUCUUGGAGGCUUAAUAUUAAUGGAGUAAUCCUUUAGAGAAGGUCUCAAAUAACCGCUAACACUAAAGAGCUGUACAUGUGAGGAAAACGUUAUUUAAUCAUUUCUACGAUCAUGUCGUAUGCAUUUUAAUACCAAUCCAGCCCCAUCCAAAGGCAUGCAAGAACAGAUAAAGACCUCAGGGGAAUGAUUGCCCUUUUCCUGCGUCAUAGAGACGAGAUCUGCAGGAAUAAACACGUUUUAGCCACAAGAUGAUUUCAUUUGAAUGGAUAAUAGGAGGAGAAACUACAGCCUUAAUAUGAAUGUGGGUACAGGUCGUGAUGAAGCUCAUUAACCGCGGCGGAGACAGACCGUGUCAUUUCAUAGGUGAGGAGCACUUUAAAUUAGCGCUUGCUGGGACUGUUUUUAGAGAGGGGAAUAUUCAAACCAGAGGAAAAGGAUCUUACAGAAGCGAUUAGUCAUCAAGCUGAACUCAGUGAGGUGCGUUUGAUUUACGGCUUCACACGGUUUACACAGAGUCAUCACACCUGUUCAUAAAGGUGUUUCAAUAUUUCUGCAUAUUUCAUGUGUUUUGAGGAGGGUUGUGAUUAAUCUGCGGGGUCGACAGAUGGUUAAUAGAGGAGGAAAUAAGAAGAAAUUGCAUUUUAUAUUCACCCAUUAUCACUUCUCUUAUUAUUACUAAUCUGUUCUUGUAAUCAUUCCUGAAUCUGCUUGGAAAUGUUUGUUUUUUAAAACGCCAUGCAGACAUUGCUUGAAAAUGAUGACAUUUUUAAGUUUUAUUCCGUAUAAAAGUAAUUCAGUUAUAGUUUUCUCCACGUUUGUAGAAAUAUAGGCUAAAAAUAUAUAACAUUUUCCACACAAGUCAUCCCUUCUCUCGAUGUAUUCUUGCUUUAAUGUGAAUUAUAACAUUAUCUAAUGUUGGUUGUGAGUAAACAUCCAUAAAUCUGCGGAAGUUGCUGGAGAAAAAUAGCAUUUGUAGUUUUGUAUUCUGUAUAAAAGUGAUCCAAUAUUCGAUAUCUGUACAGGUAUGGACACAUCCUAACACUAGCUACUAUUAGCUAAUUCUGCAUACUUUAUUAUGCCAAUUUCUUCACAUUUAAACAAAAUAUAGGUUAAAAUAAUGUUUGUAUUCCCCUUCUAACAGUAUACUUCCUGUUUACUGCCCCUAAGCAUUUUGGGAAUUGUAGUUUAUAAGCAUACAUUUUGGGUUAUCCCCAUCAAGAAGGGAAUAUUAUUCUAAUAGAAACUUAAAUAGAAAAUACAGGACAAUUUAAGGAAUGGGAAUCAAACCAGCAACCUCCAUCUGUGAGGUGACAGAUAUACACUCUCUGUACACAGCAUAUGUAUUUAUAUGAAGUAUUUACACGCAGAUGUGUGUCAGGUUCAGCUCCAGACAACAGGUGGGAUGUGUUUUAUCUCAGAGGUCAGUGAAGUUUAUUUUUGCCAAAUAUCUUCUCAUCUUUUUCUACUUUUGUACUCUUUGAUAUUCACGCUGUCUCCAUAGUCAAAUCCUCUCCUGUGCCAUGUUGUAGUGGCUGCCGGAUUCAGUCACAAUAAAAAACACCAGACCUCAACACAGAUUUACAUUUCUGCGUUUGUUUACUCUGAAAAGCACUGUGUGUUUAUUAUGAGCAUGUGUGUUUGUGGAAAGUUAGAAUUCAUAAUAAAACAGUUGAGCUCAAAGGA